AAAUGAACUUAAGCUGUGCUGACAGAGAUGACAGUAGCAUUUUUGAUGGGGUAAUGGAUGAAGAUGACAAGGACAAAGCAAAAAGUGCUAUGACGUCUGAUUUGGCUGUAUGCUUUUUAAAAAACCUUUGUUCUGGCUAAUUGAGAGCAUUUGAAAGAAGGAAGCUGAUUAAUUCCUCUCUAUCAAAGCAUAAACAAAGCAGAUUAUCAACCCAGCGCUUCUAGCUAAAGAUGGAUCCAAAUGCGGUGAAUAGAGAUAGUGGGCUUCAGUAAACGAGUGUGACUUUUGAACAGAUUUCUUUUCAUUACAAAACUACUUACACAAAAUGUCACAAUCCAAAUUCAGGGUGUCAAGGAACAAAUCAGAGAAGAAAAGACGAGAUCAGUUCAAUGUGCUUAUUAAAGAGCUUGGUUCCAUGCUACCUGGUAAUACUCGGAAAAUGGAUAAAUCAACAAUAUUACAGAAAACAAUUGAUUUUUUACAGAAGCACAAAGAAAUCACAGCACAAUCAGAUGCUACUGAAAUACGACAAGACUGGAAGCCUACAUUCCUUAGUAAUGAAGAGUUUACUCAGCUCAUGUUAGAGGCAUUAGAUGGAUUUUUUAUAGCCAUAACGACUGAUGGAAGCAUAAUACAUGUGUCAGAAAAUGUGACUCCUUUACUUGAACAUUUACCGUCUGAUCUUCAGGACCAAAAUUUAUUGAAUUUUCUGCCAGAGAUGGAACAUGCAGAUGUUUAUAAAUUCCUGUCUACUCAAGUAUUGGAAAGCAAUUCUUUGGUCCCAGAUUAUUUAAACUCAAACAAUCAGUUAGAAUUCUGUUGCCACAUGCUAAGAGGAACAGUAGACCCUGAAGAACCUCCUGUAUAUGAAUAUGUAAAAUUCAUAGGGAAUUUAAAGUCACUGAAUAGCGUGCCUAGUUCUGCACGAAAUGGAUUUGAAGGAGUUAAACUAAAGCCAACCUAUGAAAAAAGAGUAUGCUUUGUAGCAACUGUCAGAUUAGCCACACCACAAUUUAUUAAGGAAAUGUGCACUAUUGAAGAACCAAAUGAAGAAUUUACAUCAAGGCACAGUUUGGAAUGGAAGUUUUUGUUCCUUGAUCAUAGGGCACCUCCAAUAAUAGGUUAUUUACCAUUUGAAGUGUUGGGCACAUCUGGCUAUGAUUACUACCAUGUGGAUGACUUGGAAAAAUUGGCAAAAUGCCAUGAGCACUUAAUGCAGUAUGGAAAGGGCAAGUCCUGCCACUAUAGAUUUCUUACAAAAGGGCAACAGUGGAUGUGGCUUCAGACUCACUAUUAUAUUACUUAUCAUCAGUGGAACUCCAGGCCAGAAUUCAUUGUCUGUACUCAUACUGUUGUAAGCUAUGCAGAAGUACGUGCAGAGAGAAGAGGAGAGCUUGGAAUAGAAGAGUCCCCACCAGAUAUUAUUGCUGACCGGGAUUCAGGAUCAGACACUAAGCCAGAUGCAGUCAGUGUAAGGGAGGCAUUGGAAAGAUUUGAUCACAGCCAUACACCAUCUGCUUCUUCGAGGAGCUCAAAGAAGUCUUCUUCACAAACUGCAGUGUCUGAUCCAACCUCAACACCCACAAACCAACUUACUGAUACAAGCACUCCUCCACUACCGAAAGUAAUAUAUGGUCAUGAAAUAACCACCCAGAGAAGAGCAUCACUGAGCAGCCAGUUCUCAGUACAGCUAGGGGCUAUGCAACACCUAAAGGAGCAGUUAGAACAGAGGACACAGAUUUUGGAAGCAAAUAUUCAGCGUCAGCAAGAAGAACUUCGGAAAAUCCAACAGCAACUUCACCUUGUCCAAGGACAGGGGCUUCAGGUUCAGCAGACUUUGCAAACUAACCACAGGCAACAGACUUUAAUUUCCAGACAGGAUAUUCUUACAACCUCCCAAUAUAACACGAUGAUAAAUUCCCAACCCACAACAGCCAAUGUUGGGCAGCUUACUCCUACUUUAUUCCAAAAUUCUAACCAAAGCUGCGCAGUUACCCCUCUUGCUCAUGACAGGUUUCUCCGAUUUCAAAAAGGCCAGCAACUUGUGACAAAGCUGGUAACUGCUCCCAUGGGGUGCAGCACAGUUAUGGUUCCGACAACUAUGUUUAUGGGUCAAGUGGUGACAACCCAUCCCACUUUCACCACUCAGCAGCAACAUGUUCAGACUUCACCAUUAACACAAAGUCAGCAUGAAGAAACUACCACAGUUCCACCACAGUCUCAAAAACCUACCCAGCAGCUACUGCAGUGUCCACAGACCUCUAGAUUGCUUCACAGUAAUCAGUCUACCCAGUUUAUUCUAUCAGCUACUUUCCCUCUACAACAGAACACUAUCACUCAUCAGCAGCUGUCUCAGCACAGGACUCGCAGCUUAUCGGAUCCUUCUAAAGCACAGUCACAGUAACCUGUAAUCAUUUUUAAAAAGCAACAGGAGACAUUGACUGUAACAGGAUUUAUAUAAAAUCAGCCUUCCAACGUUAAUUCAUUAUUAAAAGAAUGUGGUGCUUUGAAGUCAGCUGCUAACUUUGAAUACACCAGCUUUCUUUCAAAGUUGAAAAAGCACAUAAAGUGCUUACAGAGCUUCACUAUUAUCACAAGUUAAUGCAGCAGAAAAAAGAUGUACUGUACAGGUUUUUGAUUUAAAGGAUCAUUAUGAACUUCUUAAUACUUGAUUUGUGGUCAGCAGUUCUAUCUGCUAUAAUCUGUGAAACUGCACUGCCCACUAUUUACAGUACAAACAUUUGUCAAUUUCAGUAAAAUGGAAGCACUAAUGUAUUGACAAUUGUGUUUGUAAACAUAAGCUGCUUCUUUGAAUUGUAUAGAAAAUGAUAUUUAUUGGGCUGCUAUCUCUACAGUAUUUCAUUUUUUUUUCAACCAUUCUAAUGAGAAUUGAAGGGAUAGUUUAAUGUGUUAGAUAUUUUGUGUUCUUUAUUGUACAAAUUCUGUUAAAUAUUGUGUAAAUAACCAGGAAAUGUUGAGAGAAUUUUUAUGUUGCAUGAAAGUGUAAUCUAUUUGUAAGGUUUCAACAUUUUAACUUUUAUUGUGUAAAGGGGCAAAGAUUAGUUUGCCUUUUACUCUAUCAUUCACUCAAGUACAGUACAUCUACAUGUUGACUUUUUCAGGUGCUAACGUGUCAGUUUAUUUACUAUUGCCUAAUGGGAUAAAAUGGGCACGAAUUGUGUUAUACUUAAUCAAAUUAUUCAAAAGGCUGCUUUUCUGUUUUAUGAAUACAGCACACCUGAAGAUUCUUGUUCUCUUCUCAUUCAUCUUAAUUCACAACUGAAUUGGUCAAGACUACUGCAAUAUAUUAUUGUUUCAUUUUAUGUUAAACUGUACAACAUAAUGGUUUAUUUACAGAAAUUGUGUAUAUUUCACGUGCAGUAUUCUUAUAAGAUCUUGCACGGGUUUGUAUUACUUAAGACAUUUGUUUAAAUGUUGACGUCGAUUCAAUAUUAAUUUAAUUUUUCAUUAUUUCCUAAACUAGACUUUUAACCAAAAUAUAUAAAAUCAGUAACAAGAAAAUCUUUGGCCCUUCUAUAUUUCUAAAAUAUAAUGUAAUCUAACAGGGAGGAAAUAUUCAGUAUGAUAUUGUCAAGGAAUUUUGUAAAAAUUCUGAACAUUAGACCUUGCAAAUUCCAGAUUGACACCAUAAUGUGCCAUUAACUGUGACUUUCUCAGAUGAAAAUUUUAAGCUGUGUGUUCAUAAGACAUAGAAUGCAGCAGCUAUAAUAAAAAGUUCCAAGGAACUUUAGAAAUGCUAUUUUCCUUAACCAAAGAUUCGCUAUUAGCCACUGAAUUCCACAUUAUAAAUGCUAAGUGGUUAGCACUGCUGCCCAACAGUGUCAGGAACCCAGAUUUGAUUUGAGCCUUGGUUAAUUGUCUAUGUGGAUUUUUGCUAGGUGUUCAAGUUUCUUCCUACAGAACAGAGAUGUGCAGGUAAGGUGGUUGUGGCAUGCUCUUCAUUGGAUUGCUGAGACCCAAUCAGCCAAAUGGCCUUUUUCCACCCUGUAGGAAUUCUAUGAUUCUAAAUGUUAAAUUACAAUUUUGUAAAGGUAAUACUGGCAUUUUGAUUUGAAAGAAAUAAUCAGUGAUUUAAUGACUUUUAGUCCUAAUCUUAAUUCAAAAUAAAUUUAUACUGUUUUUGAACAGUCUUUCAAAUGGUCAAAUUAGAAAUUAAGAUUAAAUACAACUUGGAGGAAGAGUACUAACAGACACAAUCUAGACAGUGUCGAGGCAAAAAUGCUGUGCUUUAAGAUAUAAAUAUUAACAUUGAUUCAAGUGCUUAAUUUGAUUGGCAGGGCCAAAAAUACAUUCUUAGAUCAUAUAAAUGAGAGAGUGAUAAAUUUAAUAGUAUUAAAAUUUAAAAUGAUAAUUAUAAAUAAAACAAAAUCUUUGUGGUACACUGCUGUGAAAACUAAAUGAGUUUUUUUAUUGUCUACAUCUUGCAGACUCCAAAAUUGGUGACAUUAACACAGCACAUUUUAUAAACUCUGCCUGAAUGAUACCCAUAAUCAUGCUUCCCAAACCAAGCAACUAAGAAAUUGAGGAGGAAAUUGGUUUUGUCGAGUGCAGAGUGCCACAGUUUUCACUUUUUGAUAACACCUGAGA